AUGGCGACUCCGUUGUGCGGUUGCCACGAUUCCGCAACCGGCAGCGAUGCCGGCUACAGUCCCAGCCGGCACGCGGAAAUUUGUGCGAUGCUCAUCACGGCGGAGCGUGAGCUGGCCGAGGUGCGCGAGGAGUGUGCGAAGCAUGGAAUGAGAGCUGAGGCGCUCGAGGCUGCGCUGGAUCGAGAGCGUGCGAAUGUGCGUAUUCUGCGUGACCGUCACGCCAAUGAGGCCGCUGCCGCCCGCGAGGAGCAUGAGGCACAAACCCGGCAACUGCGUGAUCAGUUGCACGUUCUCAAGCUGGUCUCGGAGAAUGCAAUGGCUGAGAAGAGCAAGUCGUCCGAGGAGGCGGCGCGCCGCAAGAAGGAGCUGCUCGAGCUGUUGGAUCGCGAGCGGGAGGAGAAGAGUUACAUCAUGGCAGACUACCGCGAGCAAACUGAGUCACUGAUCGCGGAGCAGGGACGCGAGAUCACGCAUUUGCGUGGCGCUCUCGACAAGCUGAAGGGUGAGUACGACGACUUGGCGAAGCAGCACCAGGCGGUGGAGGAGGAGCUGGAGGGAUUGCAAGAGAGAGUGGAGGACGUCACGGCACAGCUCGACAAGGAGCGGUCAGACACCGCCAACAAGACAAAGGACCUGCAGGUUAACAUGCAGCAGGAAUGUGAGGCCCUUAGGGAGAAUCUCGCAGCGAUGCAGGAGCAGCUGCAGCGGACCGUCACUCAGCACGCGGCCAAGCAACAAGCUCUCACUGAUCAGCUGCAGAAAAGCGACGAGAGGCAGCGGGUCAGCGAGGAGGAAUACCAACACACGCUCGACACGCUCAAGCAGGCGUACCGCCGCGACACGGACAGUUUGCGAGAGGAGCUGAGUCGCGUAAAGGAGACGCAUAGCAGGCAAGAGGAGGAGUUGCGUCACGACUUGGAGAAGGCCAUGAGAAGGGAGAGUAAGUCGGUCGAGACUCUGCGGCAGGCGCUGGAGCAGGCGCGCCAAGAGAGGGAGCUGAGUGUGGACGACGGCCUCAAGCAGCGAGAAGUGCUGCAGCGCCAGCACCACGACAAGGUAGUGGCUCUUCAGAGGGAGCUCGACGAGGCAGUGCAGCAGCUGGUGGAGGAGCGGGCGGCGCGCAAGGACCGUGAGGCGGAUACAGAGGUUCUGCGAGUGCGCGUAGACAACCUGGAAAAGGCAAACCAGCGCCUCUCCAACGAGCUGGAGACGAUCCAAGUAGAUCAGCGCAGUCGGGAGCGAUUGACAGAGCAGACGCACCAGGCUGCCAUAGAGGCGAUGAGGACGAAGCUGCGCACGGCACUUACCGAUCUGGGCUACGUGCAGGAUCAGGUGACGCAGCAGGCGACCGAUGCGCAGCAGCUGCGUGACGAGUUGGCGAAGCGCACCAGCGCUCUAGAGGCAGCGAAGGAGAAGACAGUCCAGCUUGAAAGAACCGCUGCGGAUGAGCUCAGCAAGGCGAAGAGCGCGGCAGUGCAGCGGGAGAAGGAGGCUGCGCAAGUAAUCACGCAGCUGCGCACCAGCAAGACACAGCUGGAGGCGACCUGCGAGGAGCUGGAACGACAACUGAAGGAGGCGGAAGGGCGAGUGCAAGGCACGGCCAAGCAGGUCGACGAGGAGCGCCGCUCCCUGGAGGAAGCAAACCGCAGACUGCAAGAUGCUCGUGUUGAGGUGGAGGAGUUGCGCACAGUCGUAAAUCAUGAACGGGAGCGCGGUACCUUUGCCCAGGAAGAAAAGCGACAGUUGGAGCGUCAGUUCGCCGAAGAGAAGCUCUAUCGUGAAGAACUCGAGAAGGUGUUGCACAUGACAGAGCGGAAGCUGCAGGAUCAGAAGCAGGAUCAAGCGUGCCAGUUGAGGCAGAUGGAGGGCAAGGUGGAGGAGCAGGCAGAGCGACAUCACGCGGAGCUGGCGGCUGCCCGCAUUGCGGCUGAACAGGUGCGCGGUGAGGUCGUUCGCACGCGCGAGGCGAUUGUGGAGAAGGAAACGGCGCUGCAGGAGAUGCGGGAAGAGGUGGGGCGGCUGCAUCGCGAGGCCGCAAUGCGUGAGGGUAGGCUGCAGGAGGAAAUGGAGGAUCUUCGCGAGGCGCACGAAGUAGAGAUGCGCCGCAUGGAUGAGCUUCUCAAUGGGCUGCGCAGAGACUUGGCCAAGUCGCAGGAGACGUGUACCCAGUAUCAACGCGAGCUCUCACACAUCCACCAAAACUCGGCCGGUGCGCGCUCGGAUUUGGAGAUGGCGUUGGAGCAGGCUGAUGCGACUCGGGUGAAGCUGCUGGAAGACGCCAAGUACAGAGAUCAGUUGAAUCAGGAGCUGCAGGGGACAGUGCGUCUACUCAGUUCCCGCCUCACAUCAAGCGAGGAGGAGGUGCGCCGGAUGCAAGAGGAGCUGGCAGACACGAACAAGCGAACCCAAGACGCACACACGCUGAUUGGCCGCAAGGACGCAACGAUCGGUCAGUUAAAUGCAAAGUUGCGUGCCUACGAGUCACGCCGCUGA